GUUAAAGAAAUCAAAUUAUAUCAACUUUAAGAUGCAUUUAAUAUCAGCAAUACAGAUAAAUAUUGAAUAACUUAACAAAAUUUUUACUCGACUUUUGCGUUACAAUAUCAUCUGGUAUCUUCUGCCUCUUCUCUGCCAUAACUGCAAUACUAAUAGGAGUACUAAUCAUUUUGACGAUCAUACUCAUUAAGGAAUUUUAAAGAACAAUGUCAGGUUCACACCACCACGACCCAGCUGUGAGAAAACUGAGGGAAGUCAUUACAUUAGCGAAAUCCAUGAAUGUUCCGGAGACCGUUAUUUCUGGUUUAGAAAAUGUUGAUGAGCUUAUGAAGAAAAGAGAUGAUUACUGUGAUCAGAAAACAUCAGGACCUAGUGAAGCUAUGGUAGCUCUUAUCAAAGACACUCUUGAGCAUCCAUGGAAGCGACUUUUUAAUGAAAAGAAAACCAAAUGGGACAUCAACCCAGUAAUGCUGUCAGGAAAUCUUGAAGGUUAUGUAUUGAAGUUUUUAGUGAACGCUUCUAAAGCUAAGAAGGUAUUAGAAGUAGGUUUAUUUACUGGAUGUAGUGCUUUAGGUAUGGCAGAAGUCAUGCCAAACGAUGGAAAGGUUGUUACAUGUGAAUUUGAUCCAUAUCUAGCCAACCUUGCAAGGACCUUUAUGGAUCGAUCAUCCCAUGGUAAAAAAGUAGAAAUUAUUAUAGGCUCAGCACUAGACACAAUUAAAGACCUUGCAAAAAGAGGAGAAAAGUUUGAUUUCAUUUUCAUAGAUGCUGAUAGACCUGGAAAAUCUGAAUACUUUCAUAUAGCCCUGGAGAAAUUGUUGGCACCCGGAGGUACUAUUGCCCUAGAUAAUGCGUUAUCCGGUGGUAGAUCGUAUAUGACAGAUACGUCAGACGACGAUGGAAUAAAGGAUGUGAAUGAGACAAUAGCGACAAGAGAGGAUAUCUACCAUGUUCUACUUCCUGUUAGAGAUGGGAUCAUGCUGGUUAGAAGAAAAACUGACAUGGAUUAGAAAUGAGAUACAAUCAUAUAUAAUAUGCUGUCUGUAGAUAUAAAUACUGACAUGGAUAAGAUAUGAGAUACAAUCAUGUUUAAUAUGCCGUUUGUGGAUAUAAAUACCGACAUGGAUAAGAUAUAAGAUACAAUUAUGUUUAAUAUGCCGUCUGUGGGUAUAAAUAUUAACAAGGAUAAGAUAUGAGAUACAAUUAUGUUUAAUAUGCCGUUUGUGGAUAUAAAUACUGACAUGGAUAAGAUAUGAGAUACAAUUAUGUUUAAUAUGCCGUCUGUGGGUAUAAAUACUGACAUGGAUUAGAAAUGAAAUACAAUACUAUUUGAUAUGCCGUCUGUAGAUAUAAAUACUGACAUGAAUAAGAUAUGAGAUACAAUCAUGUUUAAUAUGCUGUCUGUAGAUAUAAAUACUGACAUGGAUAAGAUAUGAGAUACAAUCAUGUUUAAUAUGCUGUCUGUAGAUAUAAAUACUGACAUGGAUAAGAUAUGAGAUACAAUUAUGUUUAAUAUGCCGUCUGUAGAUAUAAAUACUGACAUGGAUAAGAUAUGAGAUACAAUCAUGUUUAAUAUGCUGUCUGUAGAUAUAAAUACUGACAUGGAUAAGAUAUGAGAUACAAUCAUGUUUAAUAUGCCGUCUGUAGAUAUAAAUACUGACAUGAAUAAGAUAUGAGAUACAAUCAUAUUUAAUAUGCCGUCUGUAGAUAUAAAUACUGACAUGGAUAAGAUAUGAGAUACAAUCAUGUUUAAUAUGCUGUCUGUAGAUAUAAAUACUGACAUGGAUUAGAUAUGAGAUACAAUUAUGUUUAAUAUGCUGUCUGUAGAUAUAAAUACUGACAUGGAUAAGAUAUGAGAUACAAUUAUGUUUAAUAUGCUGUCUGUAGAUAUAAAUACUGACAUGGAUAAGAUAUGAGAUACAAUCAUGUUUAAUAUGCUGUCUGUAGAUAUAAAUACUGACAUGGAUUAGAAAUGAGAUACAAUCAUGUUUAAUAUGCUGUCUGUAGAUAUAAAUACUGACAUGGAUUAGAUAUGAGAUACAAUCAUGUUUAAUAUGCUGUCUGUAGAUAUAAAUACUGACAUGGAUAAGAUAUGAGAUACAAUCAUAUUUAAUAUGCCGUCUGUAGAUAUAAAUACUGACAUGGAUAAGAUAUAAGAUACAACUUUGUUUAAUAUGCCGUCUGUGGAUAUGAAUACUGACAUAGAUAAGAUAUGAGAUACAGUUAUGUUUAUAUGCUGUCUGUAGAUAUAAAUACUGACAUGAAUAAGAUAUGAGAUACAAUUAUGUUCAAUAUGCCGUCUGUAGAUAUAAAAACUGACAUGGAUUAGAAAUGAGAUACAAUUAUGUUUAAUAUGCCGUCUGUAGAUAUAAAUACUGACACGGAUAAGAUAUGAGAUACAAUUAUGUUUAAUAUGCUGUCUGUAGAUAUAAAUACUGACAUGGAUAAGAUAUGAGAUACAAUUAUGUUUAAUAUGCUAACUGUAGAUAUACAAACUGACAUGGAUUAGAAAUAAGAUACAAUCAUGUUUAAUAUGCCGUCUAUAUAUAUAAAAAGUUAUCAAAUUGCUCUUGCAAAUUUUAUUUGAUAUAUAUAUAUUUUUGUUAUAUAAAAAAAAUGCUUAGGGCAGUUCUCUGAUUUACCAUGUGAUCCUAGAACCUAGGACGAUAUAUAUAUAUUUACAAUGUGCAAUAUCAAUAGAAAUACAGACUAUACCACACAACCACAUUUAUCACGAUAUUCAUCCACUCGAUGGCGUUUUUAAAAUAUAUGAUUUAUCCAUCGAGAGUGGAUAAAUAUUGUAGACACAUUGUUAAAUUGGUAACAACCCGUUUGUGCAAUGAUUUGAUAUGGAAUAUGUGGAAUGAAAUUGGUUAUGGUGACUGGUUAAGUCGAUGUGUCUUGUUGACUAAAUUUUGCCUUCUAGAUGUCUUUUGGAUUUAUUUGUUAUUGACGUGUAGCUUACAUUUCUUUAUGUAUAGUGGUGUGACUAUCAUUGUAAGAAUAUAGUAAUAUGAGCAUUGUUUUAGGAAUAUGAAUUGCUUUAACUGAUAAAAAUAAAUGAGUAGUGUUUAGAUA